CUGCGCUGAGAGCGACGCCUGUUAUUACAUAUGAGACCAACCCGUUGGACAGGCUUGGCUGUUUGCCGAGAAACCGGAGACUGUCGGCCGGGGAGGUGUUGCAGUUGCCCGUAUAAAAGCGCCAUAGCCGCUGACGUCCCUAGUUCGGACAGAGGGACCAUCCGCACCGCCGUUCCCCAGCACCCAGCGCCGAUCCCUCCACCUGCCGUAAUGUUGUGGUGCGUGCUGGUGCUUUCUCUUUCGUGGUCAGAAGUGCACUCUUUCCAGUUUGAGGAGCUCGCCCAGUACAUUGACAGUCAGCAGGAGCAGUAUGUGGAGACCCUAAGGGAGUGGAUCGCUAUCGAGAGCGACUCCAGUGACGUGCAGAGGAGAGCAGACGUGCAGAGGAUGAUGAAUGUGACUGCAGAGAAGUUGCGGAAGAUGCAGGGGAAGGUGGAGAUGGUGGAUGUCGGUCUCCAACAGCUACCCGAUGGUACAACCAUCCCGCUACCCAAAGUCGUCGCUGCACAGAUCGGCAGUGACCCCAGCAAGCUCACGGUCUGUGUGUAUGGCCAUGUGGACGUGCAGCCAGCCAAGAAGGAAGACGGAUGGGCCACAGAUCCAUACAGUCUCACCGACAUCAAUGGAAACCUCUACGGGAGAGGAGCUUCAGACAACAAGGCCCCAGUUCUGGCCUGGCUUCAUACCGUGGAGGCGUAUCAAGCUCUCAGCAUUGAUCUACCAGUUAAUGUGAAGUUCAUCAUCGAGGGAAUGGAAGAGACGGGUUCCAAUGGCUUGGACGCCAUGGUGGAAGCCCAUAACGACACCUUCUUCUCCGACGUGGAUUACAUCAUUAUAUCUGACUGUGGCUGGCUGAGCCGCCGCCCAGCCUUGACUUACGGUACCAGAGGAAACUGCUACUUUUUUGCUGAGGUUGAGGGUCCAAAGAAGGAUUUACACUCUGGUGUGUUUGGAGGGACGGUGAUAGAACCCAUGACCGACCUCAUCGGCAUCCUGGCCACACUGAUCAGUCCCAGGGGCGAGAUUCUCAUUCCGGGCAUCGCUGAAGCUGUGGCCCCGCUGACGGACGAGGAGCGGGCUAUGUUCCACAGCAUCGAGUUCGACAUGGAUGACUAUAAGCAAAAGAUUGGCGUUGAUGGGCUGAUGUAUAACACUAAGGAGGAUGUGUUGGCCCAUCGUUGGCGCCACCCCACUGUGUCUAUCCAUGGCAUUGAAGGUGCCUUCUCAGCUUCUGGCUCCAAGACCGUCAUCCCUGCAAAGGUCACGGGCAAGUUCUCCAUUCGUCAGGUGCCAAACAUGGAACCCAAGGAGGUGGAGAAGCAGGUGAAAGCCCAUCUUGAAGAUGCCUUUGCUAAGAGGGGGAGCCCAAAUAAGCUGAAGGUCUCCAUGGUGAUAGGGGCCAAGCCCUGGUUGGCUGAUAUCCAGCACCCGUUGUAUGCAGCUGGGAAGGCAGCGGUCCAGAGAGUGUUCCAGGUGGAGCCGGAUAUGAUCCGCGAGGGGGGCACCAUUCCCGUUGCCCGCACCUUUCAGGACGUGACUGGAAAGAGCAUCAUCAUGCUUCCGAUUGGUGGCUUCGACGACGGCCUGCACUCUCAGAACGAGAAGAUGAGCAGGUACAAUUACAUAGAAGGAACCAAGCUGUUUGCCGCCUUCCUGCAUGAAGUUUCUCAGAUAAAGAGAGACUGAGAUAGAGCUGCUCCCUCUGCUCGGGCCUCCGUGACGUAUGAGGGUCCCCCGCACACAUACUCCCUGCCCCAGGCUUCAUCUCAGCAGUGGCUGCUUACUGCUAUGCACAUAUUUGCCCUCUGUAGUCAAGCUCACUGUAGGUGCUGCAUUUCUAAGCACGUGGAGAUACGGACGUGUCUCUUGCUGAAGGUUGUGAGAACAUGGAUUGUCCUUACGGGGUUAAUAAAAUGGUGGUUUGGCCUUCUUUCUUCUUCCA